AUGCCCGAUUGCAAAGACUGCAAAUUGUGCAGAUUGAACCAGCUCUACAUCCUCAAUCACGAUAGCAAGAAGAGCAUUUUCAGCAGAUACAACAACAAGAAGAACAUCUCCAACAACGACAAAUCGACAACCAUGGCUCCCAUCAGCGACUCAGACCGAACCCUUCGUGUCCUCAACGCCUGGCUAUGGAUUCCCGCAUUCGCCCUCACUCUCGCCUAUGGGAUCACCGCCAACGAGGUCGUCCUCCCCCUCGGCAUCAUCCCAAUGUCCUUUUCGGCCAUUAGCACUCUCAUCCACCUGAACCCCCCCUCCGCGAACCCAGCGAAUAGAAUUCUGACCGUCAGAGGAGGCCUUAGCGCCUUUUCAGACUUUCUGAUCGCAUCCUUUCUCCUGGGCCUGUUGAUCCCUAGUUGGAUCCUUUGUGCCGAUGGAUACAGGAGCUCCAUGAUGCUUGGAGCAUAUGCCACAGUUCCACUAAUGAUUGCCUUUUCCACCCACUCCUACUUCGUCCUUCGCGCUUUUGGCUAUUAUAUGCUAUCUCCCAGCAAGAAGACUUGCCCACAUUGUAACGGCGAUUUGACUCUCAAGCAGCGCGCCAUGUCUGAGCACUCUGGCACCAGCCAUAGCAGCAAGGAGUCAUAUCAUGAAGUCCAGGAUCGCGAAGCAAUGGCGGGACUGGAGAGUGAAGAUUACCGCGAGCCAAGGGCCAGCACUGAUGAUGAGAAUGAGCGUCUUAUCGUGAACUGA